AUGCCGAGUCAGAACAGCAACGAUUACCGCAGCAGCGCUGAUCGAAACAGCGGCGCGCAGAGCAGCCAAGGACACCAGCUGAGCAAGCCUCCCAACACUGGUUGGAAGGGCGACAUCCCGGCUAGCAAGGGUGGUCGCGAGGAAGGGUACCUGCAAAAGCCGCCAUACGUUUGGAAGUCGGAAGAGUUCCAAGUCAAGUACCGCGCCCAAUGUUGGUGCGGAAAGCUCGAGUUCGAAUACCACGGCGAUCCCAUCGACGCCAAGCACUGCCACUGCACUCAGUGCCAACGCCUGGACGGGGCGCCGUUCCAGUGGGCGGCGCUGUUCCACAAGACGUCGGUGCGACUUGCACAGCAUUGCGAUCUGCUUCAGCUCGACUUUUUCAGCACCCAGCAACGCCACAGCGAACACAGCGUGCCGUGCAAGAUCAGCUGUCGAAACUGUCGCAGUCCGAUGGCUGACGAAGGCCGAAACAUGGUCAUGGCCUACCCUUCGUCAUUUGUAUUCGAGGACAACCGCGUGCCCGCCGCAUUUGCGCCCACAGCACACAUCUUCUACGCCGAACGAGUCAUGGACCUGGACGACGACAUUCCCAAGUGGGCCGGUCACAAGAAUGCCUCGGAGCAGCUGGCGCACGCACCUACCGACGAGGCGGACCGCACUAUGGGCAAGGGUAAACGCCACAAGGCGGAGUGCGGCUGA